AGCCAUUGCAGUCGUUCCGAGUCAUCACAGCAAGUUUCAACAUAGCCAUGGCGUCUCAGCAGUGGCAGCUGGUGCAAGGCAUGCAGAAGAUGAACCUGGGCCAAAGCACCUCCCAAGGCUGGCAGCUGGUGAGCCAAAUGCAACCCUUUCCCCAAGCCAUGGCCUCACAACCUCAGAUGCAACAGCAGCAGCAGCAGCAGCAGCAGCAGCAACCUGCUGCGGCCUACCCAGCCUACCCGACCUACCCAGCUCUGGCCUACCCCUCCAUGCCACCGCCCGGUGCGCCCGGAGCGUCCGCGCCUCCAGGCCCCUAUGGAGCACCCCUUCCCCCCUUCCCACCGCAGGUGCCACAACAAGCACCGGGCACAUGUCAUGUCCAGAGAAUUCGACACCAGGGCAGUGAAAAGAGCACCUUGGGCGCAGUGAUUGUGACCAUUAGCGAGGGCUGCUCUUAUGAUUCCAUCUUCAAAGAGGUGGCACAAACGGAUGACCAGGGGACCUCGGUGGCCACCUACUGUGUGUCGAUCAGCGGCUUGGAGCAGCUGGGUGAGGCUUUGGAGGACAAGGACCGCGCCAGUGGAGACUUGGCGGAGCUCAUCCAGGACUUGGGCCGUGUGCCAGCUGCGAAAGUGGUCUUCAAUUGGGAGUGCUGCUCCUCCUGCAGUGAGCAUGGAUUUCAAGGUGGUGGCUUGUUGCCCUUCGGCGGAUGCGGGCAGGUCCCACAGCGACCUUCGACAUCCGAUGCAUCCUUACGACUUGCAAAGCUUGCAUUGAACCGAGGGUAUAUGGUGAUGUUUUCGGACUUCAGCCUGAAAGCCUUGAUCAGCCACUGGGAUGUACAUCUCUUCGGGCCGAACCCCUUUCGGCAGACCGGAGUUUGCUCUGGCCAAUUGCAGUUGAACUUUGAUCCAGAAGUGCUCAAGUCCUGCUCCUCACGCCAGCUGGCGAAAGUUGGAGAGUUGUGCCAAGACGGCAAGGCGCUCAUUCAGGCUGCUUCGAACACCAUUGCCUCCCCAAAGCUGCUGAAUUAGAUCUUUUCUUUGGAAUCGUUGUAUUUGUAUGUGACUAUUUGUCAUUGGGUUCUGAGUGUCCACAGACAGAUGUUGGAACGUCAGAGACAGCUGUCUUGCAAAGCAUGGGCAAACUCGGCAAACUCGGCAAACUCUUAGGUCUAUGAGGUGGUGGAGGGAGCUGCAGAAACUGCUGAGAGGUCAACGGCCUAUAUGUUGCAGAUUCUCACGACGGCCACGAACCCCCACACCCCCUGGUUGCCGCAGACGCAACAGAAAAGCACUGCUGGUCAUGUGCUUCUCAGCUAUCCCAGUGGAGGCCGCAUGUUGACCAGUGCAGGGCAUUGGAAGGAGCUGGUGCAUCUGGGUGGAGUUUCCGAAGAGGCUCUCUUGCGCGUGGCCGAGCGGUACUACGGGAAGGCCUACAGUACCAACUUGGGUGCUCAGCUACAGCAAUGCUGCGACAUGGGCAGCCGCAUGCAGAUGCAACAGGCUUCAGCACAGCAGUUUGUCCAAAUGAGCGCGCCAUACUGAGCGUGUGAUUCCGCCUUGGAUCCAAGCUGUGGACUUCGGAUGAGAAGUGGUGCAACCUGUGCAGACUCAGAGUUGUGCCAGCUCGCCGUUUUACCGCUCUUGUGGCGCUGAUUCAGUCAUUUGUCCUCACACAGCGUGUACAGAAUGAGAGGAUUGAUGCAAAAC